GCGGGGCCGCGGCUCUACCGCAUGAAGGGAGUGAUCCACGUCGCCGGCUCCGACACAAAGUUCGUCUACCAGGCGGUGCACAUGCUCAACAUCGGCGGAUUCACCACGCCGUGGCGCGAGGGGGAGCAGAGGGAGAGCAGGCUCACCUUCAUCGGCAAGAGCCUCGACAAGGCGGCGCUGCAGCGCGGCUUCGAGAGCUGCAUCGACACGCCCGAGAAUGUCGCCACCCGGCUGGCCAGUCUGGGCAUGGGCCGCCUCCGCUUCUCGGUCGGAGAUGCCGUGCGGUGCUGCUACUCGCGCGCUUGGGUGGCGGGCACCGUUGUCAAGCUCGCCCACUGGGCAGGCCGGUCCAUGUGCCCGUACCAGGUCGAGCUGCGCGACGGCACCCUCAUCUACGCGCCCCACGACACGGACGCCUUCAUCCGGGCCGGCGAGCGCGGCCGAGCGCCGCCCGCGCAAGCAGCCGUCCCCAAGCCCCCCGCGCCGCCGGCCGCCCCGGCGGGGCUGAGUGGCUGGGCGUCGUUCUUCAGCAAGCAGGGCAAGCCGCCGGUCGGCGGUGCCGUAGAGGCCCCGUGCUCUGACCUCGCCCGCGAGGAGCGGGCGUCUGCCCCCGCCCCCGCAAGCGACGACGAGCGGGUCCCCGUCCUGGUCCUCACCGGCUUCCUCGGCAGCGGCAAGACGACCCUCCUCAACCACAUCCUGACGGCGCCGCACGGAAAGCGGCUCGCCGUCAUCGAGAACGAGUUUGGCGAGGUCGGCGUUGAUGACGCGCUGCUCGCGGAGAACACGAGGGAGCAGCACGAGGAGCAGAUCAUCGAGAUGAUGAACGGCUGCAUCUGCUGCACGGUCCGUUCGGACCUGAUCGCCGUGCUCCAGAAGCUCGCCGCACGAGUCCGGGCGGGCGAGCUGCGCUUGGACGGCAUCCUCAUCGAGACGACGGGGCUCGCCGACCCGGCGCCUGUGGCGCAGACCUUCUUCGUCGACUACUCGGUCAAGGCCUUUGCGCGCCUCGACGGGAUCGUCACCCUCGUCGACGCCAGGCACAUCGAGCAGCACCUCGACGAGGAGAAGCCCGAGGGCGCCGAGAACGAGGCGGUCGAGCAGGUCGCCUUCGCGGACCGGCUGCUGCUCAACAAGGUGGACCUGGUGAGCGAGGCCGACCUCGGCCGCGUCGAGGCGCGGCUCCGCGCCAUCAACCGCUUCGCGCCGAUCCAGCGCUGCGAGCAGGCGGCCGUCGACGUCGGCUCCCUCCUCGACAUCCGCGGCUUCGACCUCGAGCGAACCCUCGAGAUGGACCCCGAGUUUCUGUCGACCGACGGCGAGCACGCGCACGACGCGUCGGUGAGCAGCGUUGGCAUCAAUGAGGAGGGAGAGGUCGACUUUGAGCUCGUCCAGGACUGGGUGCACACGCUGCUGCAGACUCUACCGCAUGAAGGGCGUGCUCUCGUCUUCCAGGCGGUGCACAUGGUCUUCAAGCUCGUCGUCAUCGGCAAGGACCUCGACGGCGGACUUUGCGGCCUGCGUCCUCUCUCCGGCGCUGACGGCGAGGAAGGCCGCGCUGGCGGCAAAGGCGGAGCAGGUCUGCCGGUGGGCGCGCGAGCUGCUCCCGACCGCCUUUGCGGGCGAGGCAGCGACCGUCUGCGAGGUGCGGCGCAGCAAGCCGGAGUGCCCGAUCGAGACGGUAAUCAAGGUGAUGCUGCGCAAGCCAAAGGAGCUCACGGUCUGCAAGCCGCUGGUCGCCGUGACGCGUGAGGACAUCGCCGGCGUGAUGCGCAGUUGGAACGACGUGCUCCGCCGCGGCGCGACGGUGCGGGCGUUGGCGGAGCAGGCGCUCCCCCAGGCGGUGCGAGGCGAGAGGGUGAUUGUGGACGAGGAUGAGGCACAGCAUGUGACGGGCGACGACUUUGAGACGGCGAUCCACGUGCUCUGCUCGCCGCCGUGGUCGAUGAAGGUGCUCCGGCGCCUCGAGGAGGUGACGCAGCAAAACGUCAAGGAGGUGAUGGCCUUGGCGUCGCUCUGCGGCUCGCACGGAGUGCCGUCCGUCCGGUAAGAGCACCAAUAAAUAAAUGAACAAAGAGUU